AUGGAAAGGGUAAGCACCAUCCUUGAUGAAUACAGUAGUGAAUAUUCUGAGAUCUGGGGAGGAGACUUCAGAGCUGAGGAACUAGAUGAGCUAGAUAGAUUAUACCCGAACUACAAGGAAAUGGAACCUGAAGAUAUGGACUCUGAAAUAGAAAUUCUACGGAGGCAAAUGGGAACAGAAGAAUCAGAUGAGAGAGAAGAUAUUCAAAGAGAAAUUGAAUAUGUCAGCCAACUUAGAAGAAUGAAGGUCUGGAAGAAUUCAGAAACUGAGGCCUACCUAGACGCAACCCACAACACUCUCAAGGAAGAGGUAAAAACCCUAGUUGUACUUAAGAGAAUAGCUAAGGCUGAAGUUAGAAGGAACAACCACGCCGGGCACAAAGGGCGCGAAAAACGCCACAUCUUGCGUAACACUUUUUCCAUCUUGGCGCGCCUCGAAACGGGGAACUGGGAUUGA